UGGGAUGGAGACGACCUUGGAGCAGCACUUGGAGGACACAAUGAAGAAUCCAUCCAUUGUUGGAGUCCUGUGCACAGACUCACAAGGACUUAAUCUGGGCUGCCGUGGGACCCUGUCAGAUGAGCAUGCUGGGGUGGUAUCUGUUCUAGCCCAGCAAGCAGCCAAGCUAACCUCUGACCCCACUGAUAUUCCUGUGGUGUGUCUAGAGUCAGAUAAUGGGAACAUUAUGAUCCAGAAACACGACGGUAUCACAGUGGCAGUGCACAAAAUGGCCUCUUGACAUCUCCUGUCAGUUCUCCAGCCCAUCAUAAGGACUCAAGCCUAUUGUGUUUACUAUUUUAGAGAACUAUUAAAGUUCUAAUAAUUAGGUCCUUCACUUAAUGUGCAUU